AGUAGCCAGAGGGGGCCAGGGGCGGAGCUUGCAGGAGCUUGCAGAAGCUCGCGCGGAGAGCGCAAGCGCGGCUCAUCUACCAUGGCCGAAAACCUGUACCGAGCCCGUUCCCGGGUUUACAGCCCAUCUGUGCUGUUUCUGCACCCAGACAUGGGUAUAGGCGGAGCCGAGCGCCUAGUGCUGGACGCGGCGCUGGCGCUGCAGGAGUACGGCUGUGAUGUGAAGAUAUGGACCGCGCACUACGACCCGAACCACUGCUUCAUCGAGACCCGCGAGCUCUCGGUGCAAUGCGCAGGGGACUGGCUGCCUCGCAGCCUGGGCUGGGGCGGCCGCGGCGCCGCCAUCUGCUCCUACGUGCGCAUGGUCUUUCUGGCGCUCUACGUGCUGUUUCUCUCCGGCGAGGAGUUCGACGUGGUGGUGUGCGACCAGGUGUCUGCCUGUAUCCCGGUGUUCAAACUGGCCAGACGGCGUAAGAGGGUCCUAUUUUACUGUCACUUCCCAGAUCUGCUGCUUACUCAGAGAAAUUCAGCUCUGAAGAAGUUCUACAGGGCCCCCAUCGACUGGAUCGAGGAAUACACCACAGGCAUGGCAGACCGCAUCUUGGUCAACAGCCAGUACACUGCUUCCGUCUUUAAAGAAACCUUCAAGACCCUGUCUCACAGAAAUCCUGAUGUGCUCUACCCAUCUCUGAAUAUCGGCAGCUUUGACUUGGCUAUUCCUGAAAAGAUAGAUGACCUCGUCCCCAAGGGGAAGCAAUUCCUGUUCCUCUCUAUCAACCGAUACGAAAGGAAGAAAAAUCUGCCCUUGGCACUGAGAUCCUUGGUGCAGCUUCGGAAUCGGUUACCAUCUCAAGAGUGGGAUAAGGUUCAUCUCUUCAUGGCCGGUGGUUAUGACGAUAGGAUCCCGGAGAACGUGGAGCACUAUAAGGAGUUGAAGAAAAUGGUCCAAGAGUCAGACCUUGAGCGUCAUGUGACCUUCCUGCGGUCCUUCUCGGACAGACAGAAGAUCUCACUCCUCCACGGCUGCUUGUGUGUGCUCUACACUCCGAGCAACGAGCACUUUGGCAUCGUCCCUCUGGAGGCCAUGUACAUGCAGUGCCCAGUCAUCGCUGUUAAUAACGGUGGGCCCCUGGAGUCCAUUGUCCACAAGGUCACGGGGUUCCUGUGUGAGCCAGACCCAGUGCACUUCUCAGAAGCCAUGGAGAAGUUCAUCCACAAACCAUCCUUAAAAGCCACGAUGGGCCUCGCUGGAAAAGCCAGGGUGGCGGAGAAGUUUUCAGCUGAUGCAUUUGCAGACCAGCUGUACCAGUAUGUCACGAAGCUGGUGUAGUCAGGAGAGUACAGUGUAGAGUCUGUAUGCUACAUGCACUGCGAUCCCUCUUAUGGGUUGUAGAAACGCCUUUGAAACCAAAAGAAAGGGGGAAACAAAGGAGCUAGAAUCUAGUGCUAGUGAGAUUUUCUUUUUUAAGUAGACUUGAGUCUUGAAUGUGAGCCACCUGUCCACCACACCUACCUGUCAUUUCUGAAAUAUUCUUAAUGCUGUAAUCAUUCCGUAUCUCGUGAGUGUUGUUGAAAGUAUGGUAGGAAUCUGCUGCUAGCAGACUAUUUUAACUCUAUUUUCCUGGAUUAUUGUUCCUUUAUAUAUAAAGGUUUGAUCAUCCAGUGCCUUAAUUGGCUUUAGUAGUGUAGGUCUUACCAUUGUCACAGUCAAUUGAUUUGACUUCAGAGCGUAAUGGGAACGAGGCUGCUGCAGCUCCCAAGCUCGGUUUACUUAAAGUGUUCUCUAGUAGCUGCUAGAAAAUUUUUGUUAGAAUUUUGGCUGGAUCUAUAACAAGAGUACUCAGUAUUAUUUAUUGUUUUGGUUUUUGUUUUGUUUUGUUUUUUACUGCAACUUGACAAUAAAAUAUGUUUGGCAUCAGAAGAGAAUAGAACAUUAGAUCUGAGCCCGAUGCUCUGACUUCAUCUUGUUAAAUACAUAAACCUGAAGUCAGAAGACUAGGAUAAAUGAGAUAGUUUACAUGAAGGAACACCAUCACACAUGUUUUGGCCUACCGUGUCACGCUUGGCCUUAUUCCUUUGAGCCUGUGCCAGAACAGUGUAUUGAGGCAGGGAGCAAAGACAAAAAGGGUCCCAUAUCCCUUUCUAGAAAAUAUCCCUUGAUGACCUGAUUCUCUUCCACUAGCCCUCACUACUAAAAGUCCUGUCACCUCCUAGUGUGGCUCUCAGUGUGGGCCGGGGACCAGGCCUCAGGGCACAGGCCUUUGGGAACUGUAUUAGAGUUCUCUAAAAUAGCAAACAGCACUUAACAGAAUGAAUUCCCAGAAGAAGAAGAACAAAUGGCGUACAGGCUUCUGUCCAGCUAAUCCAACAAUGAACAGAAAGUCCAGAAAUCCAGUAGUUGUUCAGUCCAGGAGGCUGAAUGUCUCAGCUGAUCUUCAGUAUACACUGGAAUCCCAAAGUAGGCUCUGACGCCGGUGAAGGGAUGGACUUGCCAGCAAGGUAAGGACAAGCAAGCCAAGAGCAAACGCUCCCUACUUCCAUGUCCUUGUAUAGGCUGCCAGCAGAAGGCAUGGCGCAGACUAGAGGUACGUUUUCCCACUUGAAGAUCAGAAUUAAAGGAAGACCUGCCAACUUCAAGUUAAGCAAAAAUCCCUCCCAGGUGUGCCCUCCAUUGUUAGAUUUUAGUUCAAUCCAGAUGGAGUCAAGUUGACAACCAAGAAUGGCCACCACCGGGGACACUCCGCAUCUGAACUAUAUACUAAGCUUCAUAUUUCAGACGUGUUUCUUAAUGUUGUUGGUGUCUCCAGCCCUCGUAGUGUUUGUAUCGUAUUCUCUGCAGUUUAGCAUGCCAGUGUUUCCUGUCCUUCACGUAAAUGCCUUUGUGUGAAGCUUGCUUGACACCCCGCCCCCACCCCACCUCUCAACUCCCCUAUCCCUGUGACACUGCCCAGUAAUAACUGUUCGUUGUUGUUUACCUGUUGCUUGUAAGUGCAAGUAUUAAAGCAAUUUUAAAGCUAAAUUCACCUGUAAGAAUAUAAUAAAUAUCUGUAAUCAGA